GACACCGUUUUUAGUGCAGCUAGACCAGCUAACUUUUUCAAUGCUAAACACUAGAAGUUAGCAAGGGAGAGCGAACGCAUGCCAGUUUCUAGCUGCCUAUCGUAUACACAAAUGACAGCAAACUGCACUCGUAUAAACCGCUAAGCCGCUCCGAACAAAGUUCGCAAGCGAUGAGUGGUUUUGUGGUGAUAGCAAAGGCCAGAGUGAGAGCCAGGUUUUUACAUUGACCCACAUGCAUGUGUUUGGCAAGAGAGUAAAGUCAAGUGUGAUGUACACAUACAAAAAUGCCAAUCUACAACCAAAUAAAGUGAAGUUAAGUCGUGCUGAGGGAGACCGAGUUCAGCCGGGAGUUGCAUGUUUGGUUGGCCAGCAUGUGAAUGUAGGUGAAAAGCAAACGGCCAGAAACGUCAGUUUCCAAUUGACAUUUGUCUGUUUUACUUUGUGUUUCCAUUUACUUUUGACGUUUUGAGGUUUGCUAUUGACGUUUUAUACGGUCAACGCCGUGCCCAUUGCGUCCAUCUAUUUACGCGAGUUGUGUGUGUUGCUUUGUGAGCUGAGCCAAGCUGUGCUGUUUUGUUUAUUCCAAAGCUUCGUAAUAAAUUUUUACUAUUUAUUGUUGUUAAGUGCAUAGUUAAUUGCUGGAAACUUUUUAUUUGUGCUGCUGUUGACCUUUGCUUUCUUUACGCGCUGGUGCUAUAAAAUUCAUAAACUGAAACAAAAUAAACAAAAUGUGUUCAAUUAAAAUCGUGCUGCAAAUUCUACUAAUCAGCGUCGCGUUGAGUGGUACAACGUUGGCUAUAAAUUGUUACGUCUGCGAUGCCUCUGACACAAAAACACCCUUCCAGUGUGGCGAAUGGUUCGAACGCUUCGAUGAUCCCGAUAUUCAGCCCCAGAACUGUUCCAAUGUCCAUGAAGCGAAGUAUUGCAUUAAGCACAUUGGGCGUUACGAGGGUGGCAUAGGUGCGAAACGCUUCUGCUCUUCCAAGGAUUUGGGCAAUUACUGUGAUUAUGUGAAGAACAAAGGUGAUCGCAUGGAUUAUCGCUCCUGCAUCUUUACCUGCGACACAGAUGGCUGCAAUGCAGCGGGUAGCUUGAGACCAUGGUUAGCUGUCAUUGUUGGCUCAUUAGUUUUGGCCAGAUUUUGGCGUUGCUGAGUAAGGUGACACUAAGCUGUGCGCAUGAAUAACUCGAAAUAUGUAGCUUUAAGCCCGCUAUCAUUGUAACUAAUUAUUAUAUAAUUAAUUUUUGGUCUGUAAAAAAGUGCCUUGUGUUCUUCAAGUCCUACAUACAAAUAGUUUACAAUAAAAAAUAAAAUGUUUACUUAUAAAAA